CUCCACUUGUUAUCACAGAGCACAGUGCCCUCCCUGCAUCUGGAGACUGCAGACGCCUCUGAGCCUUUCCGGAUACCGGGGGUUUCCUUCAGUGCUGCACACGGGUGGGAAGACAGCUUAUCUGACGGGAUCAGUGUGGACAUAAGAACACAAACCUAACAUUUAAACCCGCAAGCGUUCAGAUCUGCAGCAGCCACGUUUCUGCCGGUUUUACUGGUUCAGAGAACUUGGAGACUAAGGUGUUUUCUUCUUUAAUUUCUCACCUGGAAGCUACACAGCAGCAUGGACGUCACUCACUUUUGGCUUCUCGCCUCGACUCUGAUGCUCGUCCAUCAGUUUCAAGCAUCCGUAAUGAGCCCUGUGGCGGAGGAGGGCCCCCUUGUGCAGCUCGCCCACACAGCCCACCGGCGGGAAAAGCGCUGCUCCUGCGAGAAUCAGAAAGACAAGGAGUGUAUUUUUUUCUGUCACAUCGGCAUCGUCUGGGUCAAUACCCCGAGCCACGUGGUUCCGUAUGGAUUCGGAUCGGUUCGCCUCCGGAGGGAGCUGCAGCGCUGCCUCUGCACUGACUCACAGGACACAGAGUGUUUCAGCUUCUGCUCUGAGCACACACUGGGGGACUACUUGGUUGAGAAGGGGAAGACUGAGAAACUGAAGAGCUACAGAACUGCAUUGUGGGAAAAAAGAAGCCGACACGCUCUCAAACACCAGACCUGAGAGAGAGGAGGUUCACCAGCAACACCAGCUCUUCAGAAUGGAAGUCCUUAAAGUAUCUAAAAUAACUAAUAUUGGACCCUUUUGAUCGUGUAGGCGGUCCAGUCGCAUACAGUGACAUUUUUUGUUAAAGUGAUGAUGAUGUUAGAACCAGAGCUUUAAAACUUGGCAGGAUUUAGCUCAGAAAAUAAUGAAUCUUGUGUUUAUUUCAGUCCUGUUUUAGACAUAGCUGAUCAGCUGAAAACAUUCAGAAAGGGUUUAAUGUUUUACAGAAGAGUUUAAAAGGUUUUCACACUAAAACAUCAUUCUGAUGCUCAAAAGAACCACAAUGACUUACUGCAUGUUCAGUCAUUUUCACAUUUUGUCACAUUAAACCAUAAACUUCAAUAAGCCUAUUUUCUUUGGACUUUGGCUGCUUAUUCUCAGAUUCAGUUGAGUCUGUGUUGCUAGUUACUCUUCUGAAAACAAUUUUUUUUUAAAUAAUGUCCCCAACACCGCAGCCUGUCUUCUCCAACUUGGCCCCUUGUGUUUGACACUAUAAGAUGUGAAUUAAGCUCAUUUGUGUUGGGCUCAACAACUCUGUAUUGAAUCACAUAUAGCAUUCAGGAAAACAGCUUAAAUGUCUGUUUGAUUCCAACAGAAAAUAAUAAACUACAAAUAAAAACAGUUCGUUCAAUAAGUGAUUGUUCGGUAAUCGGAAGAAAGACUAUUUUGAGCUGUGAGGAUUUCUCCUGCUGUCAGAGUUGCAGAGUCAUUGUGUUAAUAUGAAUAAUAAUAAUAAUAAUAAUAAUAUAUCUGUCUGUCUGUAAAGGAAAUGUUUUUGCUGCGUUGCAUAACAUUUUGUGUAUUCCUUUCGUGAAUGCAUGCAUCAACACAGCAGUAACGGUGUUCUGCUGUUUGCUUGUGUAUAUUUCUCUCUGCACCUUUACUUCCUCUACAACAUGUUAAAGCAUCUCUGAGAAAUAAUGCACACAGAUGACAGACUGUAAAAUAAAGUAUUUAUUUCAUGUAUAACCAUAAAAUCA